AUGGAGUUUCAUUUUGGCAUGGUUCUUUUCCUCACCUCAAUUCAUCUAGCUAUUAGUGGCGUUCCACCGGCGGAGGUCUACUGGCAAUCUACGUUGCCUACCACCCCGAUGCCUAAAGCUCUUCGCGAGCUUCUGCCGAACAAACGUCCCAUCAUCACGAGUUUCAAAGAUAAUGCUGUCAGUGUAGAAGUCGGCGGCAUAGUCAUAGAUGUGGAUCAUGGAGUAUCUGUGGAUCUCAGGCCACCAUUUAUGACGGAUACAAGUCCAUUCUUGUAUGAUUAUGGUGCAUCUAAGGAUGAAUUCAGAACCAAUCGACAUGCAGCGUUCUUCUUCUUGGACAAAGACCUGCAUCCUGGCACAAAAAUCAACCUCUAUUUUACCAGAAGAACAACUAAGGUGAAGUUCUUACCUCGCCAAGUUGCCGACAUGAUGCCAUUCUCCUCAAACAAGUUCUCAGAAAUCUUGCACACAUUUUCUAUCAAGCGUAAUUCAACAAAAGCUGAGAUAAUGAGGAAGACUAUAAAAGAGUGUGAGAAGCCAGCAUUACAGGGUGAGCACAAGUACUGUGCGACAUCAUUGGAAGCAAUGGUAGAUUUUAGCGCUUCAAAGCUUGGAAAGAACAUUCAAGUUUUGGUAACAGAGAUUGACAAAGACAGCACACAGCCGCAGCAAUUUGUGAUCACCGAAGGAGUGAAGAAGGUGGGAAGCAAGAUAGUGGCGUGUCAUGUCCAAGACUAUGUUUACCCUAUAUUCUACUGCCAUGCAACGCAUACUGCCAAGGCUUACAUGGUUCCAUUGGUUGGAACUAAUGACACCAAUGUCAAGGCUGUUGCUGUUUGCCAUACUGAUACAUCAAAAUGGAAUCCAAGGCACUUGGCUUUCCAAGUUCUUAAGGUUAAGCCAGGGGCUGUUCCUAUUUGUCACUUCCUGCCAACAGAUCACUUCGUCUGGGUAGCUAAUUAGAUAAUGAAAUCUGAAAGCUAAACAUUAGGAGAGAAACCACUAUCACAUAUUACCUUUUUAUGUAUUGUCAAUUCCAUGUGUAUUGCUUCUGUCAUGGGUGUCAAUAAAAAUUUUUA